AGAGCUAUUAAGCCAAAGCAGCAGUGGAACUCAGGUUUCAUAUGUCAGUGGCAUCUCCUUGGGAGAAGCAAUCAGACAUAGAUCUACUGCUAAUCAGGAAAUGAAAACAUGGUACCAGCCUCAUGUAGAAAUAGACACAAGCAACCUGCCAGCAGCCUUGGGAAGAAGGCUUAGUCAGAGCAGUGGGACCCGUGACUUGACAGAGUUCCCAAGCAUGGAGGAAGGCUCAAUUACUGUCGCCGAAGACUCCAGAACGCAGCAAGCACCCAAUGUGACACACACACGGCUGUUGGAAGCUGAGGACAGUCGCCUCUCUCCCAACCUCCCACUGAUGACAACAUACUCAACGCAAGGCCGAACAUUCUUCAACGAGACCCUCUUUCAGCAAACCAGAACGGAUUUUGCUCCUUUAAGAGGGACUCCAGAUGCUUCUAAUGUUGCUUCCGAAGAGUCUUCAAGCCAUUUGCGGAUGAGUGAAGCUGUGCGGCUGGCAGCCACAGAUGUCAGCUCAGACUCUUCUCUUCUCUCCGAUUACUUUAAACUGUCUCAGCAUCCCUUGGCUUUCAGCAGCAUGGCACCUAGCAAUACCAGCCUUGGCAGUUGUCUCUCCCAGCAUCCCCUUUCUUUUUCUGGGCCCACUCCCAGGGAACAGGCUCAUCAUAGUGAGCAGCAUACGCAACACCUUGAUGCAAGGACUGAAACCUUGGGCUCCAGCGAUGAGAAUUUGGGAAUCCCAGGUUCAAAGAAGCAGCUAAAUCCUCAGUCGGCAACGUCUCUUCCUCCGAAUGAGUCUUGGGGGCAGGAUCUGUUCCUUUUGGACAGCCGUGUGCCAGCGCCUGUCCUCCUUGAAAUUCUGGAGAAAGAGGUGGGGUUAUCCAAGCAUUCUGGCUUCUCAUCUUCCGAGAGUUCGUCUGGCAAAAGUGUUUUGGGAAAGGAUCCAGUUGAAAACGAAAUGAGCCCCCUAAUGGAAAAUGUAGUUCAUGGGGAAAGGGAGUUGGAAACCUUUGCAGAACCACCUGGGCAAGAAAGAAGAACUGUUCCUGAGUGUGAUUCGUUGAACGUGCUCUCUUAUUCGGAGGGAAAGCCCUUUAGAAAUGCCGGUAAUUCAGAACAAUUAUCUUCAGACAUUUCAAAUGUGUCCUUCAGGGGACAAAGGGUGGGUUUGGGUGAUUCUUGCACCAUCCCUGGGAUAUCUUCGAACCCUUUUCUGAGCAAGCAGGAGUUGCAGCAUGUUUCUGAAGCUGCAUUUGAGGAGCAAAAGAAGCUUGUUCCGGCUUUUGCUGACGCUAAACUUCAUGUCCCUGCACCCCACCAGCCAGUCUUUGUAGCUGCAGAGCAUGGCAAUAUCCGUAACAUGGUAGAAAUCCAGAUGGGGGACAAAAGUGAAUUAAUGCAUUCAGACUUCAGUAUAGAGAGGGAACAUAAAGAUGUCGGAAUUUCACCUUCCUUUAAUGAGGGAUCAUUCAUUUUACAUCUGGCGCAUCCCGUUCAUCAUUCUACUCCAGGAAUUUUUACAACUAGAAGCUUGACUCGGGAAGUUCCUGCUAUGACAUACCCGGUCAAAGCUGUCCUUCAGUCCUCUCUCCCUUGCUUACAUGAGGAGUUCUCAAAUAACUCUUGUUCCAAUACAUUCCUUCCUUCCAUGGAAGAGCCUCGCGUACCUUCUCUGGAUGAUACUUGCAUACCGUCUGCGGGAGAGCCGCUUGCCCUUCAAAGUGGCCAAGCAUCAAAAGAUGAAAACAGUGGUAGUCUCCAGGUUCUAUAUCCUCUUAAAGGUAGGAUUCAGUCUCUACCUUCUCUCAACUUCAUGGAGAAGGUUGGGGCAUGGAACAUGAGUCAUUCAGCUGAGAGGAUGUCUGAUGCCUUGGCUUUACAUGGCUCAAGUGGCGCUUCUCCUAGGCAGAAGGCCUACAGUGCAAUAGCAGAUUCCUUGAACCGCAUUUUGUUAAAGCAGCAGAGCCAGGCUGAUCUUAAGGCAGGGCUGACAGCAUCCUUUUAUGGGCAAAGCUCCAUGACCAACCUGCAUGUUUAUGAUAAAAACCCGCCACAGGUGCUGCCACUUACCAGGUCUCAGUCUGAAAACUCUGUGGUCGCACUCAGCAGAGAGAUGCCAAGGGCUGAAGUAGGUCAUGAAACGUCCCACAGUGAAGAUCUUCAUCCAGUAGAAGAUAAGGGUAGAGUUUCAGGAGCGUCUGGAGUCAAGCAGAUUGAUGCUAACAUUGAGGGUGCACAUUCCCAACAUUAUACAGCUGUUCUUGUCUCCACUGUCUCCAGCGAUGAAGAAAUUGGUGAAAGUGCCACUGGAGGAAAUCCAGAUAAUUUUAUUUCCAGUGAAAGAGUUGCUGAACUCCUCAGAGAAGACGCCAGCUUUCUUAGUGGUAGCCAAGAAAAGACAGAUGGCUGUCAAGAUAAUACCAGAGAAUUGCCGGGUUUUCUUCCUUGUACCAACCAGAUCAGUUUGGGCCAUUUUAGUGAUGUUUCACCAGAUAGCUUGAAUCAAAGAACUAGUCCUGGGACAGGCAGCUGCGGUGACUUGAGACUUUCUUCAAGACAGUCUUCAAGACGCUCUUCAGUGCGAUCUUCAGUUGUUUCUGGAAAGUUGCAUGGCAGUUUGGAAGAAGUAUUCAAAACUCCAUAUGACAGGGAGAUAAACAUCGAAGAAAGAAUACCUGUCUACCUCCAUAACCUGGGCAUCGAUCAGUCACCUUCGUCCAUACUGACUCCAUUUAUGCCCCGAGGACCAGUCAGAGAAAUAGAAUUCUCUCCCACUGAGCUCAGAACGCUGAAGACAUCCAAUGAUUUGCUAGCGCGACGCCUGAAGUUAUCAGAAGGAGACUCGGCCUCUGUGAUAGAUGCUAUACAGUCAAGCUUUGACUCUUCCAUUCAUAGUGUGCAUGCCCCAGCUGGGUCAGAUCCUGGUACUGAUCUUCCACUGCCUACAGAGUUCUCCCACCAGGCUUCCAGAGACUGUUUCAAUCAGGGCAGCAUUGUCUGCCCUCAGUUGGAACUACGUACUCCGACUCCAGAGCCAAGAGAAGGCACUUUUGAGUCUUCAGCUCCUCCUAAGACAGCAGAGCAGAGUCACGUAACCCCAGAAUGGCCGUCCAACAUCCAUUCUGGUGAGGGGAGAUCUCCAAAAUGUGUACAGAGACUGAUGGACAGAUUUGAUUCAAAGGAACUUGGUGUAAGUCAAGACCAACUCUCGCCUAGCUCUUUAGCUCAUGGAAAAGGUGAAGAAAGCAUAAGUCAAAAAAUCAGUUCUUCAGCUGUCCUUCUUGGAGGAGAAAAAGAAUGUUUCUUUAUAGGAUCUGAAACAUUAAAAGAGAUCCAGAAAAUUCUGGCAGAGGCAGAAACUAGGAGCCCAAGCCGAAACUUUAAAUCCGCCUCAUCCAUCUCCUCCACAGACCUGGACAGUUCAUUAAAGCAAAGAAAAAAGAUGGAUGGCUCCGGAGAUUCUGGAUUGUUCAAGGGGAGCAGCCCAGGAAUUCAGAGAAUGUGGUCAUGGGAUGAGACGCUGGCUAGGCAAAGUGUUCACAGCUACAAUGUGCUCUCCAAAACAGCUAGCUUCACUGGUAGCUUAAAAUGUGAUGGUCAGCCAGCUGCAGAUGUCCUCAGCAAUGAUCAAAUUCUGCCAGAAGAGACAAUGCCACCCUCCCAAGUAACGGUUGAAGAACAUAGGACCGUGAAGCCUGUUAGGCGAUCAGAACCUGAAGGCUGUAAUAGUGCCACAGUAAAUAAAAGCUUGCCCGUCUUUGUAGACAGUGCUGCAGACAGCAAGUUGUUUACCCCCAAAGAUGUCAAAGAAUUAGCAGCUACGUCUAGCGCAGGGUCCUUAGACAGCGCCUCUAAUAUUUGGGAGGAAGGUCAGCAAGUCUUGCAGAAAACCAGGAAAGAAAUGGGUGGCAGUCAUGGGAGUGGAAACAGCAGCAGUGUGGACUCGCUGGGUAUCAAAGUGAAGAAUCUUCUGCGGUGUGAACGUCCCGUUUUACACACAACACAGUGGGGGGAGGGGGAGAAGCACAACGAACAUAGUCAGAAACAAGUCUCAGCUGGAGCCCGUGUAGCCUGUAGCAAAGGGGAUCUUGCGUCCCAAGAGAGUGAGAACGGCAGUAGCUUGGACUCUUUGGCUGCUCGUGUCAAAACGCUUCUGGAAGACGAACGCCCUGUAAUGCAUGCAGCCCAGAUACUUCAGAGUGCUGAGGAGGAAGAAGAAAAAGCACAUGCCUGGGUGAAACUGAAGCUGACUCUUCAACCUGCAGACGCCGAGGCUGAUUUAAAUGAGGAAGACCGGCGGAUGAUAGAAGAGAUCAAGAGAAUGCAGAUUUUGAGUGCCAGGAAAGCUGGAAAUUUUAAGGAUGGGCUGCGGGGAAACAGCUAUGAAAGAAUUUCUAGCUGCAGUUCUAUUCUGAAGACAGACACUGAACUCUCAAAAACUUCAAGUGACAGUGAGCUGCAAAAGGACAUUCGGAUACAAGACUCCCAACUAGCUGAAUGCCCUGUAUUAAGUGCAGCCCAGCCUAGGGUGGUAUGUGGAACUGACCGUGCCCUUCCGGAUGACUCCGAGAUUACGUCUUUGACCAGUGACCAAAGUCAUGUCAGCGACCAGCCGCGGGCACACUCAGAAAAUCUCUCAGACUCCAGCCACAAUGUACACACUCCCUUGUCUAUCGCCACAGACCCAAGUCUGAAGGGGCUGACAGGUGCCACCAAGGAAGCCACAGGAAAAGAAGCGAGUGCCUCAGCACAGGCAAAAUUGGCGGACACCUCUUCUACAGAAUCUGCCAAACAAAUCACAUCCAUUACUUUUGCAUCCCGUAAAAGGACAUCAUCUUCCCGUGUGCCCUGUGCCAGCACUCCUGAAGCCAGUCCUUUGGAAACCCAGUCAAUUAGCAAUGAACAGCUGGAGUCUAGUAAGCUGCAUGUGGGAACUCCUCAACCCUGUGCUUCUGCGAGCAUGACAGCCGUUCAUGCGCCAGAUAAGAGUGUUGAAUUUCGUCCGGGUGGAGACGGCCAUCGUCAUGUGCCCAUGGUUGUCAGCAAGGAGGCAUAUCUUCAGGAAAAGAGUUCUGCCUCUGUGGAGAAUUCCCAGCCGAUUUGCACUGAUCAAAAGGUCCACUCAGUUGCAGAGAAUCGGGAAGAAACCCAGGUUGCUUACCAAGGCUCUGCUGGGCUAAAAAGAUACGACAGGCCUUCAGUUAACGUUUCUGAUAACAAAUCUAACCCAGGAGAAACUGUGGCCGAUCCUCUCCGUCCCUUCAACUCACCUCAACAAAAGGCAGAGGAUGUCUCGAGAAGUUUUGCUGGUAUUCCUCAGCCACACUUUCCUCCAGGCAGGGAAAGUACAUUGACAAAAGAGAGCAAAUCUGCCUCUGAUCAAUAUUUAUGCAGGGCUGAAGCCAUGGACACCGGAAGCAGCGGCCUGUUACCCGCUUCCUCCCCAGAUCACAUUUCGACGACCAUUCCAGUCUCUCCUUCAUCACCAACCCGGAAAGCCCUGUCUGGUGUCCACAUGACCCUCUCUCAAAAGCAUGUGGAUUUGCCUCUUCCUAGUUUAAUAGAUGCUGACGCUGAAAAGAGACGAGUUGGUGGAUUUAAAAGCGACCCUCAUCCAGCAACUCUAAAUGAUCCAAGUCAUUCGUUAGAAGCGACCUCUAAUUUGAAACCCCCAGAACAUUUCACAAGCACUCAGGAUUCUGCAUACUUUCCAAGGUCACCUACACCUGAGUCCCACUUUAAGCAUUCCCAUGUUCCAGUUGUAGCAAAACCAGCCCCAAGUCAGGAGCCACUGGAGAUCAGGCAGAUUUUCCCAGUUACAGACCGAGGAAGCACAAGAGUACUGGGUUCGUUUUGGCAGAGUCCCGAAGAGAACUUAAAAACCACGGCCUCUUCCCAAACAGAAAGGAUGUCGUCGGAUGCCAUCACUCAAAUAACAACAGAAAGCCCUGAGAGGGCAACCUAUUCUGCAGAGAUAUUUGUCAGCAAUGACAGCGGUGACGUGGAAGUUCUGAGACCUUCUCAUCGAAAGAGUCAUGAAAUGCUGAAUACUGCAGCUGCUCCCAUGAGCCACAUCUCAGUUUUGAACAGGCAGGCUGGUACGCCAAGGUUGCUGCCAUAUAAACCACCUGGGAGCUCAGAGAUGUACUACGUUCCCUGUCCUAAGGAAACCCUCAGACUCUCACGGGUCCGAUCAGAGACUACCAUGGAGAGCUCCCACUCAGGAUCAAACGAUGCUACCCCUCCAAAAUUUCCAGCACAGGCACUUGGCUCAGGGGAUGAGAUUCCACCAAGUCCUGUAGCUAUCAAGCACAGAGAGGGCAUCUAUAGUAAAAGGGCUAUUCCUAAGGAGGCUUGGACAGGAGAAGAUGCAGGAGUACAGGAAGGUGUCAAAGAAAGUCCCAAAGUCCCAAAUCCCUUGGAAUCUGUGGCAGCUACCCAUUCAGUGUUCAGAUCUGCUCAGUUUUACCUGCAUCACCCAGUGCCUCUGCAGCAUGAAAUUGACUUCCUUGCUGGGAAUGAUGCCUUGGGACAGUAUGCAGUGCAAGAGCGCCCAGCCCUUCCUUCAAAAGACAUCUUCCAGUACAACGGAACAUCCAGAAGAGGUCAGGCAGUUUUCUCUCCGCACCAGCCAACAAGAGAGGAGAGGUUUUCCCCACCGAAUUUUGAGCCAGAUUACAGUGUGCUGGAGGAAUUGAGGUUCAAUGAGACUUUGGAGAGAGGCUCUCCGAGUAAGGAACUAAAACAGCCUGAUGGGAGGAAAAGUGGCCACAAAUUGUCCAAAGACCAGCUUCUUCCAAGCAGCCAAAGGAGCAGCUUCAAAGAGAAGCGGGUAGCUGAUCUCCCAACGAUGCAAAGUGCUCCUUUCACAGGCAGUUUAGAUGAACUCUGGGCUAAAUACUUGGAGCGUCAGAAGCAGCAUCAGCAACGUAGUCCGAGUGGCAGCAGCAGAAGUGAGCUGUCUCUGGUAGAGCGACUUGAUAGAUUAGCCAGGCUUCUGCAGAACCCGGUUAGGCACACCCUGGUGCCUGUCAAGGAUGAAGAUGUCCGUGUCCAAGUGGAACCAAAGGGAAAAGAGUCAAAGAAGAUCAGUUCCCAAGGAAAUAAGGCGUACAAAGGUAGAGUUGCAAUCCAUAGCCCCAGAGGAAAGGCGGAGGAGAGCCCAGAGGCUACCAGCAAUACAAAAUCUAGGCAUUGUAAAGUUGGCAGCGCCACAGCUCUUUACCACAUGGAUCGAAAUUUGGAGCAGCGUCGGAAUUCGGCUAUUCUGAGCGACACCUCUUCUGAAAUGAGGCCUGUGAAAGAUUCCAGCGUGUUAACCGACAUCACCUCCGAUUCAGAAGUGACUCAGCCCGAGACGGACACUGCGUCCCGGACGGAGGCAAGUGUUUCCGUUUCCACGAUCGACACAGAGAGGCUUAUCCGGGCCUUUGGGCAUGACAGAGUGCAGGUGUCCCCCAAACUGUCUCAGCUCUACAGCGCCAUCCGACACCAGAAGACGCGCUCAGAGAAGUACGCCAAGGGCAGCAGGAAAGACAGGGCAGCAGACUACCAAAGAACGGCUCAUGCUGAGCCAAAAAGAAAAGAGACCCAGGCAACGGACUCUUUCAUUUCUUCGGAUUCCGUUUCUACCCUCAGCAGUUCCCUUGGACCAAGCCCUGCUCUCAGUAGCAAGCGGAGCAGGCGGAUGUUGAACAAGGCUGUCCAGGCAGGAGACUUUGAGAUUGUGAACAGCGCCACAAAGAAGCAUACCCGAGACGUCGGCCUGACUUUCCCCACUCCGACGCCCAGCCAGGCGAGGCUGCGGGAAGAUCCCGAGAGUGGGACGGAGGGCGAAUUUGCUCAGCUGGAUGGGUUCCUUCUGGAAAGCAAGGGCAAGCAGAGAAGGCAGCAUGGCAGGCUUCUUGCAGAGAAAAAGCCGAGGAGGAGCAAGCCACGGUGGCGGCAAGGAGUUUCCUGGUUUGUUUCAGCAAAGGAUUUGAAACCUGACUUCAAAAAGGGAAGUGGAUCCAGCUACGUUUCUGAUCCCGGUCCCUCGUGGUUUGAAGCCGUGCCCGACCCAAAGCCCUGGCGAGAGCCCCUCCGGGAGAAAAACUGGCAGGAGGACCACAGCGAGCUGCAGGUGCGUCUGAUGGCUCCACCGAGAGACGUUGAGAAUAAGCCGCCCCCACCUUUUGUGAAAAUGACACUGCAGGAGUCUCUUGCACUGCACCGUCCUGAUUUCAUCUCCAGCUCCGGGGAGCGCGUGAAGCGCCUCAAGCUAAUAAUGGAAGAAAGGAAACUGCAGAGCAUGCUCCAGGGCGAGAGAGAAGAAUUAUUUAAUGCUCGUGAAGAGAGAAGAAGUUUCCAUCUUCCUAACAGAGACUACAGGGCUAUGCAGAAGAGAAGAGCAAUUUCCAAGAAUGAAAUGGUUCAGAGAUCAAAACGCAUCUAUGAGCAGCUGCCUGAGGUGCGAAAAAGACGGGAAGAAGAAAAGAGAAAAUCCGACUAUUCUACAAAUCGUUUGAAGGCUCAGCUUUAUAAAAUGAAAGUCACCAACCAUAUUUUGGGAAGAAAAGUACCUUGGAAGUGAUGUCGAAAACAAGCAAGCAACCUUUUAUUUCAAUAAAACCUAUCACACCUACUGAAUAUUUCACCACCUUCCCUUUUUGAGAUGAAAAGUGUGUGAACAGAUUACUCGGGUGGUUUUCCAAUUAUGCAAAAUAGGUUUCAUUAAUGUUAAUUAGUAUUUUGAGGUGUCCUUCCCAGCAUAAUCUGACUGCUUCUACAUAUUUUGAAUCUCACGAGGAUUAAAAACAGGUUUCCGAUAAAUAAUUGACUUUUAGUAGCGUGCAUUUACUCUCCGAGAUCAUAGUAGCUUAGAAUCAAUUUAUCAGAACAAUGCAAUCAGUGGGUUUUGUUUGUUUGUAUAUGUGUGUGUGUAGUUGUUUGUUAAUUUAUUUGAUACUUGAAUUUUGGGGUGUUUUGUACUUUUUUAUAGUUGAGUUGCUCCCCUGUAUCUUUGUUUUUCUACUACUGAAAAAAUUAAAUAUCUGAAGACUCUGA